GGGCACCUGUGCAAGGGGACAGGUAGGAGAUAAAGCAAUGUCUGCUGGCUAGAAUAAAAGGAGGCCGAUAUCGUAUCAGCAGAGGGUUCCAGGGGAGAAGGCCGUUCUGCAGGGCCGCCGUACGUGGCUGUGUAGGAAGCAGCCACAGCUUCUCAUAUCUUCUUGUUCUUCGACUACUUGCCUAGCUACUAUAUCUACUAGACUAGCCCUAGGCUGCUUGCUAGCUAGUAGGUGUAUCGAUCGUCCGAGGUAGGAGGAGACAGCAGGAAGCAGGCAUGGGGAGGCCACCGUGCUGCGACAACGGCGUCGGCGUCAAGAAAGGGCCAUGGACACCGGAGGAGGACAUCGUCCUCGUCUCCUACAUCCAGCAGCACGGCCCGGGGAAUUGGCGGUCCGUGCCAGAGAACACAGGGCUGAUGAGGUGCAGCAAGAGUUGCAGGCUGCGGUGGACCAACUACCUCAGGCCUGGGAUCAAGCGUGGGAACUUCACUCCUCAUGAGGAAGGGAUCAUCAUCCACCUCCAGGCGUUGCUUGGCAACAAGUGGGCAGCCAUAGCCUCGUACCUCCCUCAAAGAACCGACAACGACAUCAAGAACUACUGGAACACACACCUCAAGAAGAAGGUGAAGAGGCUGCAACAACCUGCUGCAGCCGAGUCCUUCCAAACCACUGCCGCCGCCUCCAAUGCAGUCACCUGCAGCCCAAACUACUACAGCUCUAGCAGCAGCAGCCACCACAGCCUCCAAGGAAUGCAGCAGCCCAUGAGCAGCUACCCCAACACCGCCUGCAGCAGCAGCACACCAAGCAACCAUGAGACCACCACCACCACCGGCGUCUCCGACCUCUUCCAGACAUGGAUGAUGAGACCAUCACCACUAGCAGCGGCGGCGGCGGCAGCAGAUAACUGCAAGAUCGCCAUGCAAGAGUUCCAGGAAGAACAAGCCUCCAUCGUUUGCCAGGAACAGAUGGUGAUGACCGGCGGCGGUGAUGUUAACAACAAGUCGUCGGCGUUGGAGAUGAUGGUGGCGCCGGCGGUGAUGGGGGCGAGCACCGCUACCUUCUCGCUGCUCGAGGACUGGCUGCUCGAUGACAUGCCGGGGCAGGUUGCCAUGGAUGGGCUCAUGGGGAUCUCUGCCGGUUGCUGUGCAGAUCCCAUCAUGUUCUAGCUGUUGUAUUGUCGUCAUGGCUAUCACAUAGCCUUCAUUCUCAAUUCUCAAUGCUGGUUUCUUGCACUUGUAAUGUCGGUUGAUCGAAUGAUAUGAUCGGGUCGUCGAUCCUAUGUUUCCGGUAAUAACCGUUUGUUUUCUCGGGGAGAAAAAUCCUGGAGAUGGUCCAGUUUAUUUGGAGAUAUAUAUUACUAGUACUGACGGAUAUAAUAAAAUGGUUUGACUUCAGUGCAUAAA